UCCUCGCCGGCAGAUGUGACACAGUGCGCGCGGACGCGCCGCAGAACGCCUCCUGCCGCCGCGCACGAUGAUCCAGCUGCUCCUCCACGGACCCGGCUGCUGCUUCUGGAAAACUCCACGCGGAGCAAAUCAAGUGGUCAGUUGCUGAAAGAAGCGUCGAGACGUCUCUUUUUUCCCCUUCUUCUAUAGUUGAUCUCCCUUCGCGGGCUCCGCCUGUCCCGGGUUUGCGGUUCCAGUGUCCAUCCACCGGCUCACCUGCAGAAGUCCAACGAUGCGCUCCCGGUUCACCCCCCUCCUAUUUCUUCUCCUUGUGGCCCCCGUUUUCUCCUCCUCCUCCUCCUCCCGGCCCCAGUGGGUUCUCCAACGAGUCCCUGUGGUCCUCGCACAGCAGACCGAGGCCCGAUCGGUGCCUCACUUCCUAUCUCCGGCCCGCCUGGAUGUCGACUCCCCCUGUGACCCAGAAUGCCACAAGAAGGCCCCUCGGCCGAGCUACUGGGACCUGCGGCGUCUGCUGGCCUAUGAGACACUCCACUCUGACGGUCAACUCACCGAGACCGCCAUUGGCAUCUAUGGCUACGACCCCAGUCCAGACACCAGCCCGGCCUACUCCGCACCGCCGCCUGGGAAGGCCGGGCGCGUCAGGCGGAAGCGUCAGAUCUUCGGCCACGAUGGUCGCUUUAGCAUCGCCGGUCAGGACUUCCUGUUGAAAUAUCCAUUUUCGGUGGCUGUCAAGCUUUCCACUGGGUGCUCUGGUACAUUGGUGGGGGACCGUCACGUCCUCACAGCGGCACAUUGCGUUCACGAUGGUAAAAACUAUGUGAAAGGCGCGCAGAGGCUCCGGGUUGGGUUUCUCAAAACCAAGCAACGGGACACACGGGCUUCGUCCACCAACUACACCAACCAUGUCGAAGGGGGCCCCGGUCCUUAUGACCCGCCAACCGACGACAAGAUGAAAUUCCAGUGGAUCAGAGCCCGGCGCACCCACGUGCCCAAAGGAUGGAUUAAGGGAAAUGCCAACGACAUCGGGAUGGAUUACGACUACGCUUUGCUGGAGCUCAAGAAAAGCCACAAACGGCGCCACAUGAGGCUGGGAGUCAGCCCCCCGGCUCAGAGGCUGCCCGGGCGACGGGUCCACUUCUCAGGAUUCGACAACGACCGCCCCGGCAAGCUGGUGUACCGCUUCUGUCGGGCCGGUGAGGAGACGUCGGACCUGCUGUACCAGCACUGUGACGCUCAGCCCGGGGCCAGCGGGUCAGGAAUCUACGCCCGGAUGUGGGACGGCCGGCGCUGGGAGCGGAAGGUGAUCGGCGUGUUUUCUGGGCAUCAGUGGGUGGAACGACAAGGCGCCUCUCGGGAAUUUAACGUGGCAGUGAGAAUCACGCCUCUCAAGUACGCGCAGAUCUGCUACUGGAUAAAAGGAAACUUUGUGAACUGCCGGGAGGGGUGAGGGGUCAAAACCACGGGGGCCACUGCUUCCUUCCCUGG